GGGCGGGGCCUGAGGGCGCGCUCGCUGAGGCGCGCGGCCUGGCGGGUGUGUAACGGCCGUUAGGAGAGCUGAGGGGCUGAACCACCGCCCACCGCAGACGUGGUGGCCUCAGUCGGUGUCCCCGAGUGAGGUAUUUCGCCGCCCGCUUUCAGGCCCGCUUGGCUCAGAUAACUGUGAUGGCAAUGCAGGAGAAACACCCAACUGAGAGGAUUUCUCAUGCCACUUCACCAGGUGAGUUCAAGCGUGAUUCAGAAGGGCAGUUCCCUAGGGACUGAAUGGCAGACCCCAGUUAUCUCGGAGGCCUUUCGAAGCCGCUUCAGCCGCUGUUCAAGUGUAGCUGACAGUGGGGACACAGCCAUUGGCACAUCAUGCUCAGAUAUUGCAGAGGAUUUUUGCAGCUCAAAUGGCAGCCCUUCUUUCCAGCCCAUCAAAAGCCACGUAACCAUUCCAACAGCUCAUGUGAUGCCUUCUACUUUAGGGACCUCUCCUACCAAGCCAAAUUCUACACUUGCUGGACCCUCUUCCUCCAAACUCCCUUUGUCAGGAUUGGCUGAAAGUGUGGGAAUGACAAAAAACGGAGACCUCGGUGCAAUGAAACGUUCUCCAGGCCUAUCUAGAGAUCUCAUGUAUCUCUGUGGUGCUACAGGAGAAAAUGGAAUUCAGCAGUCCUGGUUUCCAGCGGUGGGCCAUGAAAGAGAGAAAGAGGUGAGGAAGUUUGAUAUUCCUAGCAUGGAAUCUACCCUUAAUCAGUCGGCAAUGAUGGAGACACUGUAUUCAGAUCCCCACUACCAAGUUCACUUCCACAGUCCAAGAACCAACACAAGCAAGGACUUAUACAAAGUGCUGCCUGAAGCUAAGAAGGCACCAGGCAGCGGGGCAGUAUUUGAGCGGAAUGGACCACACUCUGGCAGCAGCGGGAUCCUCCCUUUGGGACUCCAGCCUGCCCCUGGGCUCUCCAAGCCUCUGCCAUCUCAGGUGUGGCAGCCGAGUCCUGAUAUUUGGCAUCCCCACGAGCAAUCUUGUGAACUCAGCACUUGCCGGCAGCAGCUGGAAUUGAUCCGUUUACAGAUGGAGCAAAUGCAGCUUCAGAAUGGAGCCAUUUGCCACCAUCCUGCUGCUUUUGCUCCUUCACUGCCCAUCUUAGAGCCAGCACAGUGGAUCAGCAUCUUGAACAGUAAUGAACAUCUUCUGAAGGAAAAAGAGCUUCUCAUUGACAAGCAGAGGAAACACAUCUCUCAACUGGAGCAGAAAGUGAGAGAGAGCGAACUACAAGUUCAUAGUGCCCUCUUGGGCCGCCCUGCCCCCUUUGGGGAUGUCUGCUUGCUGAGGCUGCAGGAAUUGCAGCGAGAGAACACAUUCUUGCGUGCACAGUUUGCACAGAAGACAGAAGCCUUGAGCAAAGAAAAGAUUGAACUUGAAAAGAAACUCUCUGCUUCAGAAGUUGAAGUCCAGCUCAUCAGAGAGUCUCUCAGAGUGGCAUUGCAGAAGCAUUCUGAGGAGGGGAAGAAACAAGAAGAAAGGGUCAAGGGUCGUGAUAAACAUAUCAAUAAUCUGAAAAAGAAAUGUCAGAAGGAAUCAGAGCAGAACCGGGAGAAGCAGCAGCGCAUUGAGACCUUGGAGCGCUACCUGGCUGACCUACCCACACUGGAAGACCAUCAGAAGCAGAGCCAGCAGCUUAAGGAUUCUGAGUUGAAGAUCACAGAGCUGCAAGAGAGAGUGACUGAGCUGGAAAAUUUGCUGGAGGAGACCCAGACAGUCUGCAGAGAGAAGGAAGUUCAACUGGAAAGCCUAAGACAGAAAGAAACAGAAUUCUCCACUACACAUAGCCUGCAAGAUAAGCAGUCUGUGGAUGAGACCAGUGGAGAUGGUCCAAAACUUGAAAUGGAGUCCUGGCAGAAGGAAUGUGACUCCCUGCGAAAGGUUGUGGAGAAGCAACAGCAGAAGAUAGAUCAGUUGCGCUCUCAAGUACAGAGCCUAGAGCAGGAGAUGGCUCAAGAAGAAGGAACAAGCCAGGCCCUGAGAGAGGAGGCCCAGCGGAGGGAUGCAGCCCUGCAGCAGCUGCGCACAGCCGUGAAGGAGCUUUCAGUGCAAAACCAGGACCUGAUUGAGAAAAAUCUGACACUUCAGGAACACCUGCGCCAGGCCCAACCAGGGCCUCCGUCUUCACCAGACACAGCCCAGCUGGCACUCGAGCUACACCAGGAGUUGGCUAGUUGCCUUCAAGAUCUGCAGGCUGUCUGCAGCAUUGUGACCCAGAGGGCCCAGGGCCAUGACCCCAACCUCUCCCUGCUCCUAGGCAUUCACUCAGCACAGCACCCAGGGACUCAACUAGACUUGCAGAAACCAGAGGUGAUCAGAAGGAAACUAGAAGAGGUCCAGCAGCUGCGUCAUGACAUCGAGGAUUUAAGAACCACCAUGUCAGACAGAUAUGCCCAGGACAUGGGAGAAAACUGUGUCACACAGUAGGAAUGCUGGGGGUGGGACAGGUUGUAUUCCCCCGGGGAAGAUCUGGGCUGCUGAGAGCCUAGUCUAGCAGGUUCCUGCCCUUACAAUCUCUUGCCUCCGAUCUGCUGCUGUUCCCAGAAAGAAGAAUCAGAGGGGAAGGGAGAGCCUGCACCGGGGGCCAAGGCUUGAUUAGGGAACUCUGCCUGUCUUACCCUACACUGGCUUUGCCUUGUUGGACUACGUUUGUCCUGUUAUCUUAAUUCACUCUUAGGGUGAGUUACUUAUUAACUUUUGCCAGGUGCAGCGCAUAAGUCCUCACAAACCGUUCUCAGCUUUAGGCUGAGACAAACAAGCUGCUCGCCUUUCUUCUCCAUCCUCUGGGAUGGAUCCACAUUCAUUCCCACUUCAUACCUUGGUCCUGCUGAUUAGAGAGCUUAUUAGAGGGUCCUGAAAGACCAAGUACCAGUAACAGUAGCCAUUUGAGAAUUCUUAAGCCCCAUGUGCCAGCCAUCCUGGGAACUGAGCUGGCUUUUGGGGUUUUCUCAGGCCUGGUCCCACUACUUCUUCCUCAGGGCUCUUGUCCUCCCAGAAGCCUCAGGGCAAUAUGUUCACUUGCAGCAUACCCACUAGGAUUGUGGGCCUAGAGCUUGCAGCCGGGACUCCUUAAUCUACCUACCGUGCCAUUUUACAGGAGACCCCACUCUAGCUGCCCUGUUUCCUUGGGACCCUAGCCAUGUGGUUAGCAUAGCCCCCUUCUCCUUUGUCCUCAGGCCUUUCAGGUAGCCCCCUUCCUGGGCUUUAAGUGGAAACUCUUCUCUAUGGUUCUGGGCUUGGGCAAAAUUUCCCCCCAGGCCAUAGGGCAACUGUCAAGCUGCUUAACCCCUCAUGCAGGGCUAGGUAGAGCCUGUGUCCAGCCCUCUUGAUUUGUGCCUCUCUUGUGUUUGGGGCAAACCAGGGUGGGGUAGGUCCUUUUCCUUUCCUGUUCUGGCUUCCUUAAAAGUUCAGAGUACCCAGUACAAGUCAGCUUUAAGGUACAGCUCUCAGUGUUUUCUGGGUUGGUUGGUUGGUUGGUUGGUUGUGUGUUUCUCUUACUGGGGCCUUUGGACCCUUGGCUCUCAUCUGUGUCCUGGUUUAGGGAGCAUCACACAAUUGUAUCUGGUUAUUGCACCAGUCAUGCCUCCUCUAGAUCUGGAGCCAGGCCAAGCAGGGGCCAUACGUGGGUAUGGGAGUGCUCAAAGCAGUUCAGGGUCCCAGACAAGAUUCUUACUAAGCUCUGGGCUGUUGGCAGCAUCCUAGAUCUCACGCCUGGGCCUGAAUGAGGCUCCUUCUUAAGUGUUUUUACAAGUUUGUGUUUUAUUUAUGGAGUGACUUAUCCCUUCCAUUCAGAGCAGCCCCACCCAGCCAUCCCCUCAGCCUCUGGGCUUCUGCCUCCUAAAAGCAGAGCUGCCUGGUUGGUCUCCACCCUGUGUUGGGAGCCCUGCCACCAUGCUCACGGGUAUUUCUCCUCAUAAAGUUUAUAACCAGUUAUUUAUAUGAAUCUUUGUUAUGUCAACUUGUUUGUAUUGCCUAUUUUGAUUAUAAAAUAAAAUAUCUUAACAAACUC